AUGACGGAGGAUUACGACUCCCCCUCACUCAUCUCUCCCUCUCCCUCUCCCUCUCCAUCACGCUCUGCCUCACGCUCUCCAUCCAGCGAGCCCACGGUUGCCGAGCAGUCAAACGGCGCGGCUCGAGCCCAAAACGCCAAAAAGGAAGCGCCGGCCAAAACCUCCAGCUCUGCCGCCGCCGCCGCAUCUGGCAACCGCAUUGGAAAAUGGACCUUUCGCAAGAUCACCAACCACCGCUGGAGCGGCAACGACAUUGAACUCCAGAUCCACUGGGACGAUCCCGAUGAGAUCACUUGGGAGCCAGAGAAGACCAUCCAUCGAGAUGCCAAAUCGGCUCUGAUCAACUACUGGAAGCGCCAGCCAGAAGGCCGACCCUUGAACCCCCAGGACCCGGAAUCAUUCACCAUCUUUGCCUUCAAGGGCGUCAAGCUCGGCCAAAAGAGAAAGCGCCAGAUCCUCGUGGAGUGGGUUGGCUGGGCAAAGCCCACGUGGGAACCUGAGGCUGUCAUCAAGGAGACGGCGCCAAAGGCUCUCAAAGAGUAUCUCCGGAAGAGAUCCGGAAGGCACUGA